AUGACACAGGUUAAUAAAGAAGAAAAAUAUGAUAGACAAUUGCGUCUUUGGGCAAACAGCGGUCAAUCUAGCUUAGAAUCUGCUAAAAUAUUAAUAAUUCAACCAACUUCAACAACUUCAGAAUUAUUAAAAAAUUUAAUCUUACCAGGAAUUGGACAUUUUACUAUUAUUGAUUAUGACUCAAAGAUAAAUGAUGUGGAUUUAAGUAAUAAUUUCUAUUUGGGGGAUGAUGAUUUAGGAAAAUCGAAAAUUGAUGUCUUAGCUUCAAAUUUACAAGAAUUAAACCAUGAUGUAUCUUAUUCAAUUCAAAAAAUUGAUCCAUCCCAGGGAUCCAUUGAAGAUUUUAUUAACGCUCAAAAUGAUUUAUAUUGGUCACAGUUUGAUCUUGUUAUAUCAAAUUAUCAAUUAGAAUCAUUAAUCACCAAAUUAAAUGAUUUAAAAAUCCCAAUAAUGAUUAUAAAUUCUAUUGGAUUUUAUGGAUUUUUAAGAAUUUUCAAAUCAACUUUUGAAAUUUAUGAAACUCAUCCACAAAGUUUAAUAGAUUUAAGAAUAUUAUCAACAUGGGAUGAAUUACAAAAUUAUUCUGAUUCAAUAGAUUUACAUUCCUUAGAUAUUGAACAACAUUCGCAAAUCCCUUAUUUAAUUAUUCAAUUAAAAGCUGUGGAAAAUUGGAGAUUAAAUCAUGAUAAUCAAUUACCAACCACCUCACAAGAGAAAAAACAAUUCAAAGAAUUAAUCAGAUCAUGGAAAAAAGAUCAUUAUCAAUUAAAUUUUGAUGAAGCAAUUGAUAAUAGUCAUAAAAUUUUCAAUAAUGUUAAAAUUCCUUCAAACGUAAAAGAUAUUUUCUCUCAUAUUGAUGAAUAUUAUAAUGAUUUCAAUAAGAGAAGUGUGUUUUGGAUCUUGGUUAAAGCUUUGAAAGAAUUUGUUGAUUUAAAUGAUGGAUUUUUACCAUUAUCUGGUGAAUUACCUGAUAUGGAUUCAACAACUGAAAAUUAUAUUAAAUUACAAAACAUUUAUUUGAAAAAAGCCCAGGAAGAUCUGGCUAAAUUAAAAGAUAUUUUAAUCAAACUUCGAUUAAAAUUAGGUAAAGAAUCUUUACCAAUAUCCGAUGAAAUUUUGAAGAAUUUUGCUAAAAAUUCAAAAUUUUUAUAUUUUUCCCAAAACUCAAAUAAAUUAAUCCCAUUAAACUUUAACAAGAUAUUUGAUGAAUCUCAUAAUAGUUUAAUAUUAUUAUCCUUUUUCAUAAUUGAAAGAUUUCAAAAAGAUACCAAAAAAUUCCCAACUUUACAAAACAUAGAUGAGUUAAUUAAAAUUAGUCAUGAUUUUGUUACAAGUGAUGAUGAUUCAUUACAUUUAAUCCUACAUGAAUUAGUCAGAAGUGAAGGACAAGAAUUAAAUAAUAUUGCUUCAUUAAUGGGUGGUAUUGGUUCACAAGAAGCUAUAAAGAUUAUUACAAAACAAUAUAUUCCUUUAGAUAAUACAUUAAUUUAUGAUGGGAUUAAUAGUGUUACUGAAAGAUGGAAAUUGGAUUAA